UUUAAGGGUAAUUAUGCUAGUUCCUACUAAAUCACAUCUAAUGACUAACGUCCCCCUUUUACCCAAACUCACCUGGAACACGAUUCACCUGUCUGGAAAAUGUAUCAAAGCCCUCAUCAUUUGCGCAUUCCUUACAUGCAUGGGACUGACCUUCCUGAUCCUGGCCUGUGCUGUGCCCACACCAAAGAUAUUUUACCCUUUCUUUGUUCUGCUGUUUUACGCACUGUCGGUUCUGCCAGUAUUUAUUGCCAAGCGGACGACUCCGGGCACCGAGACCAAUCCGAAGUCUGAGUUCGCGCUCUUCCUCGCCGCGGGCAUGGUGCUUAGUGCCUUCGCCCUGCCCAUCGUUCUCGCCCAUGCGUCUGUGAUCACCUGGACAGCAAGCAUAUUGACAAUAAUAAGCAACAUAAUCAACUACGGCACUAUAUUCGGUUACGCCAUGCGAGAUGAGGAGCCUUAUGGAUCUAUGUUUUAGAGAACAUUUAUGGUCUAGUUGCACUUUACGUCCAGUAACCGGCGCAGAAGAAUUACACCCGAAUAUCAUAUGGGUCUUGACGAUACUGACUUUUAUCCAUAGGCACGCAAACUGUUCGAUUGCCCGCAGUCAUCAGCCAAUCUCAUUUAAUCAAGUGUAUUCAGAUAACAUAAACGAAAUAAACAGACGUAGUAAAUAAAGUAAA